UUCAAAAUGAGACAGGGGAGGGCGGGAGGCAUGGUGAGCUGUGAGCUCUCAGGUUGAGGCAGGAUGAGCAUUCCUGCUCAAGGAGACUCUGCAGGAAGGGGUCGGUGUAAUCCACACCCUCUCCUUUCACUGUUGGAAGCACAGACCCUUUCACUGUUUUGAGUUCAGCAGCAUUUGAGCAUUACUGAAGGACUGGGAGAAACCACUAAUAACAAAGAAAAUAUAAACCUAAAAAGUAGAUUUGUUUUCCUAAGUCUGACCUUAGGUCAGGAGGAGAUGAAAAAUAAUACGAAAAUUAUACGAAAUUAACUGUGGCACAUCAAGUGAGAUCCAGCAGAGCCAGUGAGCUGGGAAGUUUCAAGAUUUCAAUUUGAAUUUUAUAAACUGCGCAGCGUGGAUGUGUCGGGGGAUGCUGAAGACGUCUCGUUUUUAAGUUCCGUGCGGACGAGGGCAGGGAUCAAGCGUUCCUACAGUUAGUACGGUCGCGUUUCUAAGCCGCAUGUCUGCCAGGACGGUGUCCGGGUGCCAGAGGCGGGGGCCCGGCGGUUCCGCAUGCCCGAAGGGGCAGAGAAGCCCGCCCGGCGGUGCCGCCCCCCGGGGCCGGGGGGUGCUGGCGGUCGCGGGCGGGCCGUGUGUGGGUGUGUGUGACCGGCGGAAGCAGUUCCCGCCCGUCCGGGUCGGUGCCGGCGGGGCGAUGCCGCUGGUGGUGCUGUGCGGGCGGCCCGGCAGCGGCAAGAGCCGGCGGGCGGCGGAGCUGCGGGCGGCGCUGGGCGGCCCCGAGCGGGCCGCGCACGUCGUGUCCGAGGCGGAGGGCGGGCGGGCGGCGCUGCGGGCCGAGGUGGAGCGGCGGCUGAGCCGGCGGGACGUGGUGAUCGUGGACGCGGGCAACGAGCUGCGGAGCAUCCGCUACGAGCUGUACUGCGCGGCGCGGCAGGCGGGCACGGCGCGCUGCCUCCUGCACUGCGCCGGCGGCGGGGGCGGCCCCGACGAGCCGCCCUUCGAGGAGCCCGACCCGGGCUGCCGCUGGGACCGGCCGCUGUUCACGGUGAGCGGGGAGGAGCCGCUGCCGCUGGGCGACAUCCGCGCCGCGCUGUUCGAGAGCGCCCCGCCGCCCCCGCACCGCGCCACCCGCGCCCAGCCCCUGCAGUCCGGGGAGUUCCUGCACCGCCUGGACCGCGUCACCCAGGACGUGCUGGCCGCAGUGAUGGCCGCGCAGAGCGGCGGGGCGCUGCCCGGGGACACGGUCCGCGUCCCCGGCCUGGCCGAGGGGCUGGUGCUGAGCCGGCCCGUGAGCCUGGCCGAGCUGAGCCGGCUGCGCAGGCAGUUCAUCAGCUACACCAAGAUGCAGCCCAGCGAUGAGAACAUGCCCCAGCUGGCCAGCAUGUUCCUGCAGUACCUGAGCCGCAGCAUUCAGUGAACCAGGGGCAGUGGCCGUGGUUGUCGAAGUACUUGCGACAGUAGGAACACACCUUCUAGACGCAGACCCCGCAGAGCCUGGAUCCCACCUGUCGUGUAUCGGAUAUUUGGCAGCAGCAGCUCUGGGUGCCGUGUUCCCGCAGCAGCCAAGCAGACUAUUUCUGAGAGAAUCUGUAGGGAUACAGUUCCCCACACCCCUGAAUUCUCCCCAUCAAAAAGGAGAGCAGCUGUUGCAUCCCCAAGCAAGUGAAGUCUCCUGCGGAGACAUAAACCCCAGUAAUAUAGUGGUGUCUGAGCAUGAAAGCGCAAAAGGUGAUGACUGUAUGUCUUGAAUAAGAAGAUUGUUUUUCCAGGGCUGCCUCCAGAUAAUGUCAAACUGCAGAAGAGACUUCAGGUCCAGAACUAGAACAGGAUGUGACUGUUUCAAAAAAUCUGACUGAACCCAAGAGAGAUUUGCAGCUCUACACUGCAAAAGGGUGCUGUCUUAGCAAAGUUAGCAAAGAGGUUUAACAAUAAAAUGUGUGCCUUAAAUGGACUAAACUCUUAAUUUAUCUGCAGGACUGUUUUAUUGAAAUAACUCGCCGUGUCUUUUCUCUGCAAGGUCAUCAUUAAACACCUUUAAAAACACUAAUUACUUAAGAAUGAGUUAUAGGAAAAACAAGCUAAAAUGACAGUGUCCUUGUUGAAACCCGUAGGUCUAUACCAGCUGGGAUGGGUAGCUUAGUUUUGCAUUUAGUUUCCAAUAAUUUGGGGUUUGUGAUACAAUAGAUACAGUUCAUAUAAACUUCUCACUUUCUGGUGGAUGCUUCAUCCCUCAUUCUCAUAAAUUGUUGUUUUGGUUUAAUUGUAUGUGUAGUGCUCCCUGGGAGGAAAAAGUACAGUCUGACACACCGACUGCUGGGGGAUUUAUGCAUUACAGAACUGAGAAUUGACUACAAAAAUGUUUUGAUGUAAAUAAGUUUAUCUUACCAGUCAAAGUAAAGAGAAUAAAGCUGAGAAAACAAAUUCAUUAUUUCAAA